GCUGUUCAUCAAGCAGCACGUGCGGGAGCAGGACUACGGCAGCUUGAACGUGGCCGUCCCCGUGCUCACCAACCGGGGCCUGCAGUGCCCGGCCCUCAGCCGAGUGCACUUCUCCAAAGACUACAGCAACAUCGACCUGCCCACCAAACUGCCCGGUGUGGACUGGGUGAUGGUGGACCCCUGCUACCUGCGGGUGGAUCGUGAUGUGGUGGGCUGGCGGGAGCUCUUCAUGGCCCUGGGCGUGCGGGACCUGCUCAUCUUUAGGAAGGAGCGCCGCACCCUCAGCGCCCAACAGCUGGCCUGUAGUCCGUGGGCCGAGGAGGCCAGUCGCUGGCCGAAGCCGGCGGGUGGCGUGUACGUGCUGGACGACUACCAGUGUGAGGAGUUCCAGGGUCUGGCCACCACCGAGGAGCUGCUUGCACCGGCCAAGCUGGAGCAGAGGAGCGCGCUGCUCAACCUGCUGGACCAGAAUUGGGACACUGGAGAGAAGUACUCCCAGUACCUGAGCGCUCAGGUUCUGGACAGCGAGGGUCGCCCACUGCGUGACACCCACUCCUCCUUUCUGAUAGCCCUCACGCGCCUGCCCUGGGUGCCCACCUUCCGCCUCGGGCAGGACGACCAGCCCACUGCCCCCAGCUACCACUGCCCUGGCUCCGUCUACCUCUACUCCCAGGACGUGCACAGCGUGCUGGGGGCGCACGUGGACUAUGUGCAGAUGGCCCCCAGCGAGUUCUCCAGAGGGAUCGGCAUGAGGCACACUGUGUCUGUGGAUGAGGUGAUUGAUUACCUGAAGAGGUGGAGCACACCGGCCUCUGCAGACUCUGCUCCGGCCGAGGGAGUGGAAGAGGAGCCGCAGUUCACCACCACUGUCCAGCACAUCAGCAACGUCUACGGCUACCUGCAGACCCACUGCCCCCCGGGCCAGCUCAGGGAGCUCUUCCAGCACACCCCUGUUGUGUUCGUCAAGUACGAGAGCAUGAAGAACAACUGGUGCUCUGGCAAAUUUUACCACCUGAAAGACGUCUGUUGGAAUGACCCUACCGGAAUGUUCCUACGAUACAAGGAGCUUGUCUCUCGUGCCAGCAAUGGUCUUCAAGAACCUAAAGUUCUGGCACCGUUCUACAGCAGUCUUACGGACAUGAAAUCUCUGUUCUUAGGGUUGGGUGUUGAGCGCAACCCUUCCAUGAAGCAGUACGUGGAUCUCCUGGAGCUUGUGUGCGAGUCCGAGUCUCAGGCCACUGGCCUAAUCCUGCAGGAUGUGUCCAUCAUCUACGCCAAGCUGGCGGAGAAGUGUAUAAUGGGCCACAGUGGAGAUCAGGACGCCGCGAUUCCGCUCAAUCCCAGCUACUGCUCCUCCCUCCGAGAGAUGCUGUCGGGUCAGAGAGUGUUUCCCUCCAAGAGGAGCAGCUGGGUGUCUCUGGCUCAGAGGCCCAUGAUUCCCGACGACAAACACCUGGAGAAGAUCUUCCAGUCUCACCCUGAAGUAUGUCUGCUCAACCUGCCCCCUGCCCAGAAGAAGGCCCCCAUUCGACCCAAACCUGGAACUGCUACAGCCAAACAGCAGCGCAGUGAACCCACUUUCAUUGAGGAGGAGCGCAGCCUCUUCCUGGACAUUUGCGGCGUGCCGCGGCUGUCAGAGAGCGUCAGCACUGAGCCCCAAACGGUCAGCUACCGUCCAUCGCCGACCCUGCAGACCCUGGUGCGCGAAGCCGUGCCCUACGUGCAGCGCUUCCUGUGCUCCCACGAGGAGUUUGCCGAGCUCUACGCCGAGUUGCAGGAGAGUGGCAUCGCACAGCAGAUCAAAUCGCUCAGCUUUGGGCAGGUGGGUGAGUUGUACAUUCAUUACCACUUGAAAGUGCCCGACGGAGAGGAGGUUUACGAGAAGGAGGAUGUCAUCUGUCUCCUGAAGGACAGGAAGGAGCUGUACAUCCAGAAGGAUUACCUCAAGUCCAAGUUGGACAUAUGCAGAGAGCUGGUGAAGCUGUUCAGUCCAGAGGGGAGCCAGGCGGACAAACUGCUGACCUUCCUUGAGAGCCUGAUGAGCUCCAUACACGACCGAGGGGCUCUGAAGAGAUUCCUGGACAUCAAGGGCAUUAAAGAACUUCCCACUGAGGAGGAACCAUGGGAGGUUCCCAUGCCUACAGACACGAGGCCUGAACCCUCAGCGCCUCGGCCAGUCAGCAGCCAGGAGGAGGAGAGGAAGACUCCGGCCGCAGCAGGCGAAGAGGAUGGCCUCGUCUGCUGGCCACCCAAGUCGGGCCUCUCCGACGGCCGUGGCGCCGCCGGACGACCCAGAGGCACAGAUGCAGCGGUUGAGGCGGUGAUGAAGAUGUGGCCCCCACCAAACGCCCCCAGCUCCUCGGCCGAGUACACGGGCACACCGCCCCCCAUGACCGAGAGGAGCCCCAGGGGGGGCCCACCAUCUGGGGAGCCCCAGUCCCCCCAGUCCCCCCUGCCUGAAGGAACUUCACUCCCCACCGGCACCAGGUUCUCUGGCAGCCACACUCAAGGCCCCGCCCAGAGUGCGGUGGGCGGCGUUCAGUCUUCCCCGUCCGAAGCAGCUCCAUGCCAGCCAGGCGUGGGUGGAGGAGGAGGAGGUGGGGGUGGAGCUGGUAGCGGCGGUAGCAGCACGAGAGAGGAUGACUCCAUCAGCACCACCAACAGCAGCAGCAACAGCAGCCGAGCGUCCUACACCCACACCACUCCUCGUGACCAGCAGGUCAUCCCGUCCACACAGCAUAACACCAUCCCAGGCGAGGCCCCCGAGGUGAUUUCCAGUCUGUUCCAGGGCGUGGGCCACUUGCAGCGCGUUCCCCUGGCCCUGGACACGGCCGUGUGGGCCCAGGCUCUGGGGGGCGAGGCGGCGCUGCAGGACCUGGUCCUGGACUGCCCGCUGCCGCGCACCAUGGUGGAGAUCUCGGACGACCCCGGCGACUUUCAGGAUGUGGGCUUAUGGGGGGAGCAGCUGGUCCACUCCUUCCUGUCAAAAUGGCGGGCCCACGGCCCCGCUGGCCCUACAGAGGUCACCUGGUACAACCGUGACGGCGAGACGGGCCAGCCCUGCGACUUCAAGCUCACCUUCGGCCCCGAUGGAGAUGGGGGCUCAGCCAAGGUGGUGUACGUGGAGGUGAAGACCACCACCAAGCCGGACCGGCACCUGGUCCGGCUCUCGGCCAACGAGCUGGACUUUGCACUCAAGGAGAAGGAGCGGUACCACAUCUACCGGGUCUAUGGUGCCGGGGAUGCCCAGAACGCCCGACUGGUGCGCAUCCAAAACCUGGCCCAGCACCUGCAUUCCAAAACACUGGAGUUGUUUUUGUUUGUGUAACAUUCCUUCCUUUUUUGUUUUUACAUCAAACACCUUUUAUUUUUUUAUAUAUUUGUUCGGUCGAAAUUGUUUGGUUUUACCCGUUUUUAGAAAUUGUAUCUCGUUUUUUUAGAAGGAGAGAAACUGCCUACUUUUUUCUUUCUUAUGCACUGUGUAUGUGGUCAGUUUUUAAACUUGAAGAAUUCUUGUAAUUUUAUACUUAUUUUUAAUGUAAACAUAUAUUUUCUGUCAACAGCAAUGCGCGACAAUUUUAUGUAGAAGUGUUUUGAGUUGCACUGUAAUCAACUCUAACUUUAGCAUACAGUCUAUUCUGUUAUAAAGGACAACAGCUUUGUUUAUCAGCUUAAAAUGAAGGAUUAGACUCCUAAAAGAAUGCAAUAUGUUCCAAUGCACAGUAGUUAACUGUUAAUUGUUUAUCAGCUUUUGACUUUUCACAGAAUCCCAAAAUAAGUGGUAGAUUUUGAGCAUCUUUUAAUUGUUUUAUUAUAUUCCAAAGCGAGGUAAAAAAAAAAUAGUUUCUUGAAUUUUUGUCUCAUAAGUGAACACGUUUUGUCUUCAGUGCAAUGCUAUGGUGUGGCAUGUCCAUUCGCCGUGCUGCUGAUGAAGCUUUGAUCAUCCUGACUAAUAAAAGUCUAGUCUUGUACCCUA